AUGAAUGGUUAUAGAGAACAUUCUGGGUAUCUCCUCGUGCAGUGGACUGAUGGAGAAAGAGGACAAAUUGUGGUGGCCGCUAACGAAGUAUUGAGCCCUGUAUUGAGAGUUUAUACGCCGAACCAGCCGGUGAUACUGCCUUAUGGCAACCGACCAAGACGAGCCAUUGUAGUGGCGAUUUCAAAUAAUCGUUUUUUAUUGGAUCCAGAACCAGCUAGACGGGGACCGAGAGCAAGAGCUAGAAGGGUGAGAAGAUUAUCAAGCUCAUCGUCAUCUAGUAUGCCGAGUGAUGGCGCCGAGUCUCCAGAACCAACCGAGAACAACUCCAGAAAGCCCUGGAUAGAACGAUUCUAUCGUCAACAUAAUUAUCAGCGUUGGUUGGCAGCACAGAGAUGGCAGCAAAGAAUACACAGGCCCAUUCCUAGAUUACCGUACUCCAUACCACAACCAAGCACUUCAGGCAUUGUGACCAGCAGCCAACCAUAUAGUAACGGAUUUAGCAACGGACAUAUCAACGGGUUUGCAGAUUCUAGUCGUAGUAAUUUUAAUACACUAGAAAACAUGAGUGAAAGUGAGAUAGCGUUUAAUAAUACAAUUACUUUUAUGGCGACUGGGUCUUUAAAUCCACCACCACAGCUGUCGAGGUUGUUAAAUCCACCACCGCGGCCUUCGGGGUCGUCGGACCCGCCACCGCAGCCGUCAGGGUCGUCGGACCCGCCAGCGCUGUCGUCCGAGUCGUCGAACCCGUCACCGCAGCCGUCCGGGUCGUCGGAUCCGCCAACGCAGUCGUCCGGGUCGUCGGACCCGCCAACGCAGUCGUCCGGGUCGUCGGACCCGCCAACGCAGUCGUCCGGGUCGUCCGACCAGCCACCACAGCCGUCCGGGUCGUCGGACUCGUCAGCGCAGCCGUCCGGGUCGUCAGACUCGUCAAUGCAGCCGUCCGGGUCGUCGGACCCGCCACUACAACCGUCCGGGUCAUCGGACACGCCAUCGCAGCCGUCCGACUCGUCAGACACGCCACUGGAGCCAUCUGGGUCGUCUGACCCGCUACCGCAGCCGUCCGGAAUGUCUAACCCGUCACCGCAGCCGUCAGAGUCAUCAGAUCCGCCACCACGACCGUCGGGUUCAUCAGACCUGCAACCGCACCCAUCGGGGUCGUUAGAUCUGCAAGCACAGCUGUCAGAUUCGUCAAACCCAUCACCGCAGCCGUCGUCGUCGUCAGAUCCGCUGCCGCAGCCUUCGGGGUCAUCAGAUCCACCACCGCAGGGGUCUUCAGAUCCACCACCGCAGCCGUCGUCGUCGUCAGAUCGGCUACCGCAACCGUCGGAGUCGUCACAUCCACCACCGCAGCCGUCUUCGUCAACAGAUCCGCUACCGCAACGGUCGAGGUCGUCAGAUUCACCACCGCAGCCGUCAUCGUCGACAGAUGCGCUACCGCAACCGUCGGGGUCGUUAGAUUCACUACCGCAGCUCUCGUCGUCGUCAGAUAUGCUACCGCAGCCGUCAGGGUCGUCAGAUCAACCAUCGCGGCCGUCGGGAUCAUCAGAUCCACCACCACCGUCGUCGGGAUUGUCAGACCAGCCACCGCGGCCGUCAGGGUUGUUAAAUUCGUCAUCUCAGCCGCCGAGGUCUAUAGAUCUGCCAUCGCAGCCGUCGGGGUCCUUAGAUCUGCCAACGAGACCUUCGGGGUCGUUAAACCCCUCUCAGCCGUUGAGGUCGUUGGAUCUGCCAUCCCGGCGGUCGGGGUCGUCAGACCAACAGAUUGCGCAGGCCAGUAAUACUGAGCCACUAAUAACUAGUGAUGACCUUAGGAAUGCAUUAAUAGAAAUUCUGGAUCUGUUCCAAACUGGCCCUAGUCGCUCUAGAGAAUCCAGAGAAGACCAUACCAGUGAGAAUGUUGUUAACCAUGAUCAAUCGUCUGAUGACGACAAUGUAGCUAUCCCGAACAGUUUUAACCGUCCUUCUAUCACAAUUACGAAGCAAAUGGAACCUUUGAAGACAGCAGACCUACAAAUGAUGAUUGAAUCGAUAAAGGAGAAUGUUGCACCGCAGUCUCCACAACAAACACUCAGUGUGCGCCGAAGACGUCGUAGGAGACGAAACAGAGACUCCCAUAAUGGCAGUAACACACGUAGUAUAAUACGACCAACGUCUCCAGGUGGUCUUUUAGAUCGUAUGACAUGUGAGAGAAAUAAAAAGAUUGCUAAUCAAUUUCAACGUUUAUUUUCAUUUAUAAGGGAUGAAUAUGAUAAAGGAACAACGCCAGACUUUUCGAAUGCACCACAGUUACAGGAUUUAUGGGACAUUCUUGGUUCUAGCAACAGAUCUCAAGAUGACGUCCAACCUGGCCCUAGCAACCGCGACCCCGGCCUCCCUGGCGUCUCCGGCCACAGCCGCUCUUUAAAUCCACAGACAGCGAACCGAAACAGAAAUUGCUAUCCACUAAUAUUCCAGACUGUUAUCAUCAGUGUUUAA